AUGACGUAUUCAGCAACGAUAACUGUCGAUGCUUCCCAGAAAUACCAAACCAUGAUCGGUGGUGGCUGCUCUGGUGCAUUCGGAAUUGCUUGUCAACAAUUUGGCUCUGUCGGGCUCUCUCCAGCAAACCAGGAAAUCGUCACGCAGAUUCUGUUCGACGAGAACAUUGGUGGUCUGUCCAUUGUUCGCAACGAUAUCGGCUCAACCCCUGGUGUUGUUCGAGGCGAUGUUGCGUCGAUUCUGCCGGUCUGUCCACCGACGCCAGCUGGACCAUUCAACUACGUCUGGGAUGGCAACGACACCUGUCAACUCCAGCUCACCCAAACUGCACUCAAGUAUAACCCGAACACCUAUGUGUAUGCCGAUGCAUGGUCUGCUCCUGGAUGCAUGAAGACAGUUGGCACUGAAGAUAACGGCGGCUUUAUAUGCGGUGUGAGAGGCAGCAGCAACUGCAGUGGUGAUUGGCGACAGGCCUAUGCGGACUACCUCGUACAGUACGUGAAAUUCUACGAGCAGGAAGGCAUCGAGGUGCAAUUGCUUGGCGCGUACAACGAGCCGGACUUCAAUCCCAUCACGUAUGCCAGCAUGGAGUCGGACGGUUACCAAGCCAAGGACUUCCUCGAAGUCUUGUAUCCAACAGCAAAGGCAGCCUUUCCCAACAUCAGCAUUGCAUGUUGCGAUGCCACCGGUGCCCGGCAAGAAAGGAACAUCCUUUACGAGCUGGAGCAGGCAGGAGGUGCCGAUCUCUUUGACGUCGCCACUUGGCACAACUACCAGAGCAACCCGGAGCGCCCGUUCAACUCCAAUGGGAAGCCAAACAUGAUGACCGAAUGGGCUGAUGGUACUGGAAUGUGGAAUGCCUACUGGGACGUGACCGGACAGCUUGCUGAGGGAUUCCAGUGGGCACUGUACAUGCACAAUGCCUUUGUCAACUCCGACACGUCCGGCUACACGCACUGGUGGUGCGCCCAAAACACAACCGGCGACAAUGCAUUGAUCAGGCUCAACCAUGACAGCUAUUUCGUUUCUGCUCGAUUGUGGGCGUUCGCAUCAUACUUCCGCUUCGCUCGACCAGGUUCGGUCCGCAUCGAGGCGUCGAGCAACGUCGAGAACGUCUAUGUCAGUGCGUAUGUCAACACGAAUGGGACCGUGGCGAUUCCCGUCAUCAACGCGGCUCACUUCCCCUACCAAGUGACAAUCAACCUCAACGGAAUCAGUGCCACCACUGCCACGGCAUACCUGACGGACAACGAACACAAUGUCACAAUGGCUGGGCAGACGCAGAUUGGGGGGACAUUCCAGGUCACCGUCGAGCCAAGAGCUAUGAAGACAUAUUUCUUGAGCUAG